AGGAACGAUUUGCUCAUUCGGCCGCCGCUCUUCGCUCCAGCACCACACGCGCUCUCUCCUGCCAGCCAACAGAAUGGACACGGCAGAAUUUAAGGAUUUUGCCCGGAGCAUGGUCGACUUCAUCGGCGACUACCUGGACAAUAUCAGGGACAGACGCGUGCUGCCCGAAGUGGAGCCGGGGUACAUUCGUCCGCUUUUGCCGGACGCGGCGCCUGAGGAUGGCGAGCGCUGGCAGGCGGUGAUGGGCGACCUGGAGAAGGUCAUCAUGCCCGGCGUGACCCACUGGCACCACCCGCAGUUCCACGCCUACUUCCCCACGGCCAACAGCUACCCUGCCAUCGUCGCCGACAUGCUCUCCGGCGCCAUCGCCUGCAUCGGAUUCUCAUGGAUUGCGAGUCCGGCGUGCACAGAGCUGGAGGUGAUCAUGCUGGACUGGCUGGGCAAGAUGCUGGACCUGCCGGCCGAGUUCCUCGCCUGCUCCAACGGCAAGGGUGGCGGCGUCAUCCAGGGCACGGCCUCCGAGGCCACCCUGGUCGCCCUGCUUGGCGCCAAGGCCAAGGCCCUGCGCAAGGCCAAGGAGCUCGAGCCGGACCAGCCCGAGGCUCUGCUCACCUCAAAACUCGUCGGCUACUGCUCAGACCAGGCUCAUUCGUCGGUGGAGCGCGCUGGACUGCUCGGAGGGAUCAAACUGCGCACCGUGGCCGCAGGGGAUGAUUUUCGUCUGAGGGGGGAGGCCCUGCGCAAGGCCAUCAGGGAGGACAAGGAGGCUGGACUCACUCCUUUCUUUGCCGUGGCAACUCUAGGCACGACGAAUUGCUGCGCGUUUGACGACCUGGACGAGAUCGGGACGGUGUGCGUGGAGGAGGAUUUGUGGCUGCACGUGGACGCGGCGUACGCGGGCUCAGCGUUCAUCUGCCCCGAGUUCCGGCCGCUGAUGCGCGGCAUCGAAAAGGCCGACUCGUUCAACUUCAACCCGCACAAGUGGAUGCUGGUCAACUUUGACUGCUCGGCCAUGUGGCUCAAGGACCCCAACUACGUGGUCAACGCCUUCAACGUCGACCCCCUCUACCUCAAGCACGAGCAGCAGGGCGCCGCCCCUGACUACAGGCACUGGCAAAUCCCGCUGGGCAGGAGGUUCCGCUCGCUCAAGUUGUGGUUCGUCAUGCGCAUCUACGGCGUCAAGGGUCUGCAGGCGCACAUCCGCAAGCAGGUGGCCCUGGCCAAGCAGUUCGAGGGCCUCGUCAAGCAGGACCCGCGCUUUGAACUCCUCUGCCCGGCCUCCAUGGGCCUCGUCUGCUUCAGACUCAAGGGGAGCAACGAGAGCAACGAACUGCUGCUGAAGAAGGUGAACGCCAACGGCAAGAUCCACAUGGUGCCCUCCAAGAUCAAGGACACUUAUUUCCUGCGCAUGGCCGUUUGCUCCCGCUUCUGUCUGCCCACCGACAUGGAGUUGGCCUUCAACGAGGUCGCCUCUUUGGCUGCAGAGUUUCAGUAGAGACCGGCAAAUAUGGUAGUACUUUUUUAGUAUUUAGUCGCGCAGUGUAGGGAGGACAAUAAUUUACAAAAAAGCACCCUCAUGACAAUAUAUUGUAUGUAUUUCUCAAACGCCAACAUUUUCACUCAUUUAUCCAUCAAUGUACUUUCUGUCAAACUUAUCAAGGGACCAAUUUAUUUGAACAAAUUUUAAAUCAUUUGUUUUGUGAUGUUUUAUAUUUUCUAAGUUAUGGAUAUUUUUGACAAAUAAAUUUAAAUUUACUCAUAAUUCUCCAACUCAGUUAUGAGUCAAACGUAUUUAUUGUGUAGUAAAAUAAAAUAAUAUAUGAAACUUUU